AUGAUAAAAAACGUCAGCACCACAACAACAUCUGCGAACAUAUCUAUGUACGUCCAGAAGAGCAUUUUUGAAGGAGAGGAUGCUGCAGUUAAGAGUUUUCCCGAGAUGACUGAUAUCACGAAACGUUAUAAAGAGCUGGACAUGCUGUUGCGUCUGAAUCACCCAAAUAUUCUGACUGCGUAUGCCGCGGGUCCGGACAUUGAAAACGGUUCGCUCGACUUUAUUGUGACUGAGUACGCAUCUUGUGGUGAUUUGAACGAUCUGAUUCACAACAGCAUAGCGCCUUAUAAUCUGUCCAAUGCUUUAUCAUGGAUGCUCCAACUCUCGCGCGCUGUUGCCUAUCUCCACUAUGACUGCGAGCCAAAAAUCAUCCACCGUGAUAUCAAGCCGGCCAACCUUUUCCUAUUCAACCAGGGACGUGUGCUUAAAGUGGGUGAUUUUGGAUCAGCCGGCGUGAACGGCCUAACAAGCCCCACACGGAGAGGUACGUGGGCCUACAUGGCGCCGGAAUUGUUCGGUUCGCACACGGUUUAUGAUAGCAAGGCAGACGUGUACAGUUGGGCCAUUACCUUCUGGGAAAUACUCGCGCGCCGGUUUCCUUCUCCGCCAAACGAGCCCUUUAUAAUAACUGUUAAAAAUAUAGUCGUGGAAAAACGGCGUCCUCCCACACUCUCCGAAUGCCCAUCUGUAUUACAAGCUCUUUUAUCAAGUGCAUGGUCUGAGGACCCAGAGGCUCGACCCAACAUGUCUGAGAUAGCAGCUUUUCUACAGUUUGUGGAGGACAGUCUGAUCAGCAGUGGACUCCUUCCCUCUCCGAUGGCCAUCGAGGCGCUCUCCAGCCGGCGUCUUACCGGGAAUACCGACGCAAAUGAUGAUCUUGUCUGGGAAGGAGAGGAAGAGGAGCAGCAGAAUACGUGUGUUGACGGUGAGGGGAAUGUCUCCGAAUGGGAUUUCUGCGCCAGCAGGCAGCCUUCUGAGGAAUUAGUUGUCUGUGAACCGGAAUGUUCUGCCCUUCCGGCGCCAACGAAUUUUGGCGAGUUGAACAUUGUGUGCGAUGCAGAUCAGUGA